AUGCGCAUCUCGCUUGAAACCGUGACGGCCGUCCUGGCUUGCCUCUCCACCAGCUAUGCGCUCCAGAUCCCUCCCGAUACGCCGCUCUCCGAAUUGAUCUCGUCCGCCAAAGCGCAUCUUGCAAAGGGCUCCCCACGAGAUGCACUCGUAUACUUUGAUGCCGCCGUCUCGCGCGAUCCAACGAACUAUAUCACCAUCUAUCAGCGCGGCGCUGCUUACCUGUCCAUUGGCAAGAACACCCAGGCGUCGGAGGACUUCAAUCGGGUACUUGAACUAAAGCCUGAUUUCGAGGGUGCGCUGCUCCAGCGAUCUCGUCUCAGAGCUCGGUCUGCCCAUUGGAAGGAAGCCUUACAAGAUCUGGAACGGGCAGGGAAGAAGGACUCGGUCGAAUACCAGGAGCUCCAGGCCGCCCGAGAUGCAGCAGCCCUAGCUCUGGCUGCGGAGAAGAAGGGAGACUGGGAGGCCUGUGUUGCGCAGGCUGGAGUCGCUAUUAUGAAGGCGAAUACGGAUCUGUCAUUGCGACAGGCUCGCGCACACUGUCGGUUCGAGAGAGGAGAAGUGGAGGAGGGUGUGAGUGAUCUCGCACAUGUUCUACAGAUCUCCCCGAACUUGGUGGAGCCUCAUCUACAGAUGUCAUCCAUGCUCUUCUAUGCUCUGGGUGAUAGUGACCGUGGUCUCGCUCAAAUUCGCAAAUGUCUCCACACCGAUCCUGAUUCAAAAGCCUGCAAUCGUCUCUAUAAACGAGAGCGACAACUGGCAAAGACGUUAGGGAAAUUGCACAGUGCCCUGGAGGCGCGCAAGUUCAGUAAUGCCGCAAAGCUGAUGGUCGAUGAUGGGGAAGAUACCGGGUUGAUCACCGACGUGAAGAAUGAUGUCGCCGAGGCGAGAAAAGCGGGCCAUAUUCACCCAUCAGCGUCUAACAAUCUCUAUGUCUUCCUGGUUGAGAAGACGUGCGAGUCCUACCGAGAGAUGCGUAUGGUCAAGAAGGCUGGCCCUUACUGCGCCGAAUCCCUCCAACUGGUUCCAUAUUCUCUUCAUGGUCUGCUAUACCAGGCCCAGACUGAGCUGGACGAGGACCGAUUUGAAGAGGCGGUACGCACAUUGAACACUGCUCGAGAACAUCACCCACAUGCCCAGGAGGUCCAGUCCCUUCUUCAAAAGGCGCAGGCCCUAUUGAAGCGGUCGAAGCAAAAGGAUUAUUACAAGGUUAUCGGGGUCAGCCGAGAUGCUGACGAACGGACGAUCAAGCGCGCAUACCGCCAAUUGAUGAAGCAACACCACCCCGACAAGGCUCACGCCCAAGGAGUGUCCAAAGAAGAGGCUGAGAAGAAGAUGGCUGCGAUCAACGAGGCAUACGAAGUCCUAUCUGACUCGGAGCUGCGUACGCGCUACGACAAUGGAGACGAUCCCAACGACCCUGAGUCGCAGCAGCGAGGCAAUCCGUUCCAUGGCAGUCCCUUCGGCCAAGGCGGCGGCCAGCAAUUCGUCUUCCAGCAGGGUGGCCAGCAAUUCAAGUUCGGUGGUCAGGGCUUCGGGGGCUUCCCCUUCCGCUGA